UUGCACAUCAGCUGUUGGUGGACUGUGGUUCUUAUGAUGGUUGCGCUGCAGUGAAACAGUUGGCCAGUCCCGUCCACGCUUUCAGCCGGGCACCAUGAAUCCCGGGAGUCUGAAGUUUGUGAUUUUGACAGCACUUCAGGCUUUGUCCGUCUCCGUAUCGGUGUGUGACAGCGUGCUCUCCAGAUCCGAUGAAGGGAAUCUUGUGAGCAAGACUGUUCAACACAGACCAACAGCAAAGCAGAAACACUAUGGGACUACAGUACCUCUUCAGCUUGUUGGACGAGACUGGAAACCAAUCAGCCAGCUCAAAUCCCAGAGUCACCCUGCAUCACUGAAGCUCCUGAUUGAAGCGGAAGGUGAACAGCUGCUCUUGGCUCUGGAGAAAAACGAGGGGCUGUUUGCAAGUAACUAUACAGAAACCCAUUACCUGGAAGAUGGCAGUGCGGUCACAGGCUCUCACAACUUCAUGGCAAACUGCUACUACCAUGGUGAGGUGGAGGGUCGUGUCAACUCGGACGUCAGCCUCAGUACCUGUGCUGGUGUUAAGGGUUUCAUAUCACUUGAAGGCAAAUCCUAUGUACUAGAACCAUCUGCCGAUCACUCUGAUGGGACUCACUGGAUCUACACAGCUGAACACCUCAGUUUCCCUCCUGGCACCUGUGGCCAUGAUGUUAACAUAUCCUAUCCCAUUGAAUAUGCAGACAGCAGUCCGUUCAGGACUUUCAGCACAAGGCAUAAACGCCAUGCCCAGACUACAACCAAGUAUGUGGAGCUGAUCAUUGUGGCUGACAAUAGAGAGUUUCAGAAGCAAGGCAAGGACAUGGAGAAGGUCAAGCAGCGGCUGGCUGAGAUCGCCAAUUACGUGGACAAGUUCUACAGGGCUCUGAAUAUCCGUGUGGCCCUGGUGGGCUUGGAGGUGUGGAGUGAUGUGGACAAAUGUCCCAUCACCCAGGACCCCUUCACCACCUUGCAUGAGUUCCUAGACUGGAGGAAGGUCAAGCUGCUGCCUCAGAAGCCUCAUGAUAACGCCCAGCUAAUCAGUGGGGUCUAUUUUCAGGGCACCACCAUUGGUAUGGCACCCAUCAUGAGUAUGUGCACAGCAGAGCAGUCAGGAGGAAUUGUCAUGGACCAUUCUGACAACCCGCUGGGCGCUGCAGUCACUCUGGCACACGAGCUCGGACACAACUUUGGAAUGAACCAUGACACUCCAGAAAGGGGGUGUGGCUGCAGGGUGACAGUGGAUCGUGGAGGCUGCAUUAUGACUCCCUCCACCGGGUAUCCGUUCCCAACAGUGUUCAGCAGCUGCAGCAAGAAAGACCUCACGGCCAGUUUUGAAAAAGGCGUUGGGAUGUGUCUGUUCAACAUGCCUGAGGUCAAGGUGCUCUAUGGUGGGCAGAAAUGUGGCAACGGCUACGUGGAGGAGGGAGAGGAGUGUGACUGUGGAGAACUUGAGGAAUGUAUGAAUCCCUGCUGCAACGCUACUACCUGCACCUUGAAGGGGGAUGCUGUGUGUGCACAUGGACAGUGCUGCCAGGACUGUCAGCUGAAGCCAGCAGGCACUCCAUGCCGUGAAUCCAGUAACUCUUGCGAUCUCCCUGAGUUCUGCACCGGUACCAGCCCUCACUGCCCUUCCAACAUCUACCUGCAUGAUGGCCACGCCUGCCACAACGUGGAUGGUUACUGUUAUAAUGGCAUCUGCCAGACUCAUGAGCAGCAAUGUAUCACGCUGUGGGGCCAAGGAGCAAAGCCUGCUCCGGGAAUCUGCUUUCAAAGGGUCAACUCAGCAGGAGACCCCUAUGGCAACUGUGGCAAGGACUCCAAAGGCUCCUUCGCCAAAUGUGAACCACGAGAUGCUAAAUGUGGCAAAAUCCAGUGUCAAGGUGGAGCUAACCGCCCAGUAAUUGGUACCAACGCUGUUUCCAUAGAAACAAACAUCCCCUUGCAGGAAGGGGGAAGGAUACUGUGCCGUGGUACACAUGUCUACUUGGGUGAUGACAUGCCGGACCCCGGCUUGGUCCUGACGGGGACCAAGUGUGGAGAUGGAAUGAUGUGUCUGAAUCGUCAGUGCCAGAACGUCAGUGUUUUUGGUGUGCAUGAGUGCUCAGCCAAGUGCAGUGGUCGAGGGGUGUGCAACAAUAACAAGAACUGUCACUGUGAGGCUCACUGGGCGCCUCCAUUCUGUGACAAGGCCGGUUUCGGAGGGAGUGUGGACAGUGGCCCUGUCAGAUUAGCAGACAGCAGGAAUCUGACAGUGGGCAUCCUGGUGGCUCUCCUUACUGUCCUGGGAGCCGGCCUGAUCAUCUGCAUCAAGAGAAAAUCUCUACUGGGGCUGCUCUUCACCAGUAAAAAGAACCCGAUUGAGAAGCUCAGAUCCGUAAGCGCUGCAAUCAGGAGACCCGCUGCUCCUAACCAGCCUCCAUCAGCGAGCACGGCGUCUCCAUCUCGACCAGCCCCGCCUCUGCCACACAGCGCCACCAUCUUCAAGCCUCCUUACCGGGGGCCAGAGGCGGUGCUCCCAUCAGCCCCCUACCCCUCCCACAGCCUACGCAGACUGCCCCAGUGCCCUCCAGUUCACCUCAGCCACCCUGUCCCGCUGUCUCUCACCCUGUCCCUCUCCUCUGGCCCUGGGCAGCCAAGACCCCCGGUUCCUCCACCUCACAUUCAUGUCAUGCCCAGGGGGGCGUCGUUUCGCAGUGCAUCACGCCACAACUCCUGCAGGAUGGUCAUGGAGUCAGAGAAGCCCAGUCCUCCUCAGAAACCCCUUCCUGCCGAUCCAAGGAGCUCUCGUGUGGUUCGAAGUCCCUCUGUAGUCCAAGGGCCCUCUGCUGUUUGUGGCCCUGCACCAAUACCUGGUGCACCCAGACCUUUGCGCCCUGUCCCACAUCCCAAAAGACCGAGUCCCAAGCAACCUCCAACACUACCAAAGCCUUGCAUAAUUGCCGUCAAAUACAGCAGCUGAGACUUUGGCCAGAAGGGACAUUGUUGUGAUAAGACACUAAGAAAUUUGCACUAUGAAAACUCUUAAAAAGAUGGUGGCUUCUCUGAGUUUUGAAUCAGAAGAUCUGCCGUGUCCCUUUGGUGCUCUGUGUCUGAGUGGUGCUACGAGUCUGAGCUCAGGUACAUGUAAAGUAUUUAUAUUCUGUAUUUAUUGCCACGCAGUGCACUGUGCCAGACACUUUUACUACACGGUAGCAACUUUGAAUUUAAAAUUUGUGUUUUGCAUCAGUUUCACAUUUUCCUUUUCAUAUCAAUUGAUUAUUAUCAAAGAGAAUAAUGGGAGAUUGAAAAAAAAAGCCAAUCUGUGAAAUUAUUGAUUGCAGAAAUGUUUUUGUGAAAUGUGUUUUAAUGAAGGGAACCCUUUACAUUGUGGUUUUGUUCUGUAUACUGCAGGAGGAGUUUAAAAAAAGAGUAUUGUGCAAUGACAGAUGAGAACAGAGAAAGCUUCAGACAACACUUGUAGUUCACUUGGAACGCAAUGGGGUUUUUCUUGAAGGGUAAUGCAGCUUUGAGCCAGUCUGACGAGGCUUGAAACAACCGCAGAAAAAUUUAAAAAAAAGUAGUAUUACUGCAACAGUUCUGCAACAGUUCUGUUUUUCACCGACAGCUGAUGUUCAGGUCUGUUUCCUCUGCAUUUAUAUUUUGGAAAGGUAACAAGCUGAAUUAUGAAAUGUCACUGAUUUGCCAUUUUCGUUUCAUUAACAAGCCUCAAGAAGCUCACUUGAGGGAUCUGGGUACCGAGGUUUGAACUGAACAGAGAUCUAAAAUGAGCCGAUAUCAAGGAAACGUUCAUCCCUCAGAGAGAGUAAACUUCUCUGAAAUAUUGCUCUGCUAAAGGUCAUGUGUGUUUUUGAGUAUUUCCCUCCGUGCCUGUCUACACCGAGGAUUCUGUGUGAAACUGUGAUUAAAUCACAGAAUCACUGAGGACUUUCCUAAUGCUGUGGCUAUACAGGCGUCAUGGAGGCACUCACAUGUAAACAGCCAGCGUCUGGCUAUACAGUGUUCAUGUGUCGAUUUUAAAUCAUGUUUUUUCUGUGAUGGGAAAGGACAGAUUCAACUGACAAGGACACUGAAGUUAAGUUUAGUGGUUACUCAGUGUACACUGAGCCACCAAUAGCUGCAGCAGUUAUUUCAUUUUCUAUUUUUUGUACCUUUUUAAUUUGGCUAUUAAGACUAGUUUUUUUAAACAUGCCAGAUACUAAAUCCUGCAGAAAUUAGAUUUGUGGUAAUUGAUUUAGCAGUUUUAUUAAUUUUGCAGUAUUAUUUUUACUGGAUUGCAAUGCAGCGCAUAUACAUUCGCACUGAGCAGCAUUUCCUUUAAGCACAGCUUUUCUUCACAAAUAUGUAGGCUGAAAACUGACUUUGGACUUUUGUUACUUUUGAUACUGUUAUCUUUUUAAUACUGCACUAGUUUUACAUCCAUUGCUUUGUUUACUUUGCUUUUUCAAUGCUAUGUAUCCAUGUACUAAUAGACAGUAUUUGAGUCCAGUCACCUGACUGUACGUUAUGUGCAAAUGUUCUCAUAUGUCGUGUUACAGGUGAACACAUUUCCAUGGAGAAUGCUUUUUUUAUAUAAUGAUUGUUUGAUACAGCAUAUGUAAAGAAAACACUUAAAGUGUCAGUGUCUGGUCAUGGUAUUUUGAACACUCAAGCAGUAUUAGUAAAACUGUUUUUUAAACACUGAAGAAAA